GCCUAGUAAUGUCAUUGUGUCAAUGACAUCGACAUCAGUCGCUUGCACGUCUCGAGUUGAUUGAAUCCAUUAUUUAGGUAUUUAAUGCAAAUUAUUUUGAAUUUAUGUUUCGAACAUUUUUGUGAUCAGUGAUCUGUAUGAGUUCUCAUUGGACAUAUAAGUGCCGUUAAACCUUCAAUCACAUUCAGGCGGUGGUGUUAACUUAUCACGCCUUGAUUUAGAACUAUCUUAAUCCGAUAAGUAUUAUUUAUUAGUGUAAUUGCUCCUUUGGCCGUAGGACGUAAAAAAAAAAAAAAAAUUUUUUAAAAUGGUGAUCGAGAAAAUUUGCUGCUUGGGUGCGGGAUACGUUGGCGGUCCGACAUGCAGUGUUAUUGCAUUAAAAUGCCCUGAUAUAACGGUGACGGUCUGUGACAAGAGUGUGGAUCGAAUUAACCAGUGGAAUUCUGAUAAAUUGCCAAUAUACGAGCCCGGUUUGGACGAAGUGGUGAAGCAGUGUAGAGGUAGGAACCUGUUCUUUUCCACAGACAUCGCUAAAGGCAUUCAGGAGGCCGAUUUAAUAUUUAUAUCUGUUAAUACACCAACAAAAACGUUCGGAAACGGUAAAGGCAGGGCUGCCGAUUUGAAAUAUAUCGAAGGAGCCGCCAGAAUGAUAGCCGAUUUGGCGACAAGCAAUAAAAUCGUGGUCGAAAAGAGUACGGUGCCGGUGAAAGCGGCUGAAAUUAUUAUGAAAAUACUCAGGGCGAACACGAAGCCCGGGGUCAAUUAUCAGAUCCUUUCCAAUCCUGAGUUUUUGGCCGAGGGAACGGCUAUCGUCGACUUGGUGGAGGCGGAACGCGUCCUGAUCGGUGGGGAAGACACACCUGAAGGCCAGAAGGCUGUGCAGGAACUGUGUUGGGUGUACGAGCACUGGAUUCCCGCGAAAAAUAUCCUAACAACUAAUACUUGGAGUUCAGAGUUAUCCAAGCUAGCGGCAAAUGCGUUUCUAGCUCAGCGUAUAUCCAGUAUUAACUCGCUGUCUGCAGUCUGCGAAGCGACUGGUGCGGACGUGUCAGAGGUCGCACGUGCGAUCGGUCGCGAUUCCAGAAUCGGACCCAAGUUCUUGGAGGCGUCUAUCGGUUUCGGCGGCAGUUGUUUCCAGAAGGAUAUUUUGAACCUUAUCUACUUGUGCGAAUGUCUCAAUUUGCCCGAAGUGGCAGCGUACUGGCAGCAAGUGGUCGAUCUGAACGAUUACCAGAAGCGUCGAUUUACGCGGAAAGUGAUCGAAUCGUUGUUCAAUACGGUGAGCGAUAAGAACAUUGCAAUAUUAGGGUUCUCAUUCAAGAAGAAUACAGGCGAUACGCGGGAAUCGCCAGCCAUUUCCGUAUCGAAGACUUUGCUCGACGAAGGCGCAAAACUCCAUAUAUACGAUCCUAAAGUGGAAACGGAACAAAUAUUUUAUGAAUUAACUAGUCCGUACGUAACUGCAGAGCCAGAAAUUGUUAAGAAGAAUGUCGAGAUCCAUGAUUCAGCAUACUCCGCAGUGACCGGAGCACAUGCUAUAGUGCUGUGCACAGAAUGGGACGAAUUUAAACAGUUGGAUUUUAAGAAGAUCUACGAAGUAAUGAUGAAGCCCGCAUACAUCUUUGACGGACGGAAGAUUUUAGAUCAUGAGGCGUUAUUGAAUAUUGGUUUCCAUGUGCAAACUAUUGGCAAAAGGCUCUGCAGGACAGGCAGCAUCCGAGCACAGGGCAGCCAAACAUUGCCUUAACAAGUUAAUACAACAAAAUGUAACCAUCACAUUGAAACCAGCAGUCACAAAUUAAGCUAAAGUAUUAUUAAAAUAAACGCUUAUUCCGAAUUGUUAAAGGUGUUACAUAAAAACAAUACAUACUGAAGCAUAUUACAGUGUAGGAACAUAAUGGUUAUCUGUUAAUACAUGCCAGGAAUUCAGCACGAUGGUUUCCAGGGGGAACCACGUGGAGGUCGACCCGACAGGGUAUAUUGCUAGCAUUGGAUAGCAAUAUAUAUGUAUAUAUAUAAUAGCAAUUUCAAUGGCUGAUAAUGGAAUAGUAAGUCCUGGUAUACGCUAGCGGGGCACCAGUGAGGAAUGAUAGGUAAGGAUGGAAAGCAGGUCAGUUAGCACAUCGUGAUGAAUACACCAGGGAUUCAGCACGAUGGAUUCCAGGAGGAACCGCGUGAAGGUCGACCUGACAGGGUGGGUACGUAUGGGACUGGUAGUCCGCAUUGCUAACAAUCUCUUUCCCCCAGUGAGUUUUACAGUACCCGAGAAAGUAAAUAAUCGAAUUAAACAUAGAAACAAAAUGUAUAUCCAUAUAUUUAAGAGAUUAAUAAUAAUAAGAAUAUUUUUAUAUGCAUAUUUUAAGCGUAUUAUAAGAUUGCGUAUUACUUUAGCUUUAUAAAUUGUUUCCUUUGCCAUGGAAAACGAUGAGCUUUGAAAAAGUAAAAAAAAGUUAUUUGGCCUUAAAGAGAAGAAAGUUUAAAAAAAAAAACAUUGUAAAAUAUUAUUAUCUGCAUUUUACCGCUCUUUUUCGCUGCAUAUCUGAAUCGUUAACUACUACACUGUACCGACAAUGUCGUCAAUAAAUUAAAUUUAAAAAACGAACUUUAUUUUUUCUUCAAUAAUAAAAAUCAAUAUGUACUCUGUAAAUACUCAAUUAUUUAUCUUUAAUUAUUAAGGCAUCUGAUCGUUAUAAAUGAAUAAGUCGACAAUUUCACAAUUUAUUUAUAGAAUGUCUACGAUAACAUGGCGCGCCGUUCCAAAAUCUAAAGAUAUAGAAAUGUGUGUGUAAAAAACAUUUACAAGGUUUAGGUCGAACAAUAUACCACUCGCGAACACAGAGUAUAUAGGCGCACACGGUAAAGUGAAAAAAAAAAAGAAAUGAGUGUCGUGCCAUGUUAAACCUUCUUUGCAUGUUUUUUUUUUAUUGGUGAAACAAUUCAAGGUGAUAUAGUUCAUGUUUAAAAUUAAAGGAAAAAUGGUUAAAAACAUAAAUUUGACAGCUAUGUUUUUUUAUCUGCGACAGACAUUAAAAAGGUAUCCAGACACGAUUAACUUAAAGUGAACAGAACAACUUUUAUAAAAAUUUUUAGACAUUCAAUGUUAUGAUGGAAAUUUCCACCAUUAUGCAAAGAAGGGUUGACAAUCUUUAUUUAUAUUCAUAACUGAAGUGCUUUAAAUUUAAUUUUUAAUACGACAAGAUCAUCGUUUUCCGCCAUUUUGAUAAUUUUAUUAUUAUAUCAGCCGUUAAUUGUCCACUGCUGGGCAUAGACCUCCCCUAUAAGGGGGGUUAUGCCGGUAGUUGCCACGUUUGGCUGUAUAAUUAUUUGAUUUAAUAUUGUUUUGAUAUAAUGGAAUGAAAUUGUACAUUCAUAACACUACUACUUGGUCGUCACAACGUUUAUGCUUAUUUCAACUUGACCGGUUUUUGCGUGCAUUAUGCGUUUUUUUCUAUUUAGAUAUAAGAUUUCAUUGGAGUCGAUUCUGAAUCGUCAUUCUCGUAGGUUUAAAAUUGAUUUUUUUAUUUGUAUUACUAGUAUUACUUUAUUGGUAAUGACAAAGGCAAUGAAACUAGGUUAUACAGCCUAAUCUUAAAAUUUCAAUUUGAUUAUUACCAUUUUUUUUUUUUAACUUAUUCCCCGAAAGAUAAAGGACUUACCUAUUUUUUUUUUAUAGACCAUAAUAGUUUUGUUAAACUGUCAAAUUAGAGUUAAAAUCCAAUUUUAGACAUAAGUUAUAAGGUAUACUACCUCAGAAUCGACUCCAUUGUACUAAUAUGAUGUUUUGGUUUUAUUUUAUGUAAAAGUGAAGGUAAGUACUAAUUCAUCGUGCUAGAGGCGCCAUUGUAUAAUAACAUAGAUAAAGAAAUCUCUGCAUCUCUUGCUUUAGUCUAUAUCAAUAAGCGGGAAAAUAAAAUAUUAAAAAAAUUUCCCGCCAUAAUGUAUUUUUUUUAAAUCACUGCCUGUAUUUUGCUAUUAUUUAUGGUAUAAUACGGUGGCGCCACCUUUACAGCGUUUUGCGCGAGCUUCUUUAUUAUAUUGGGAUAUGUUAAGUUAUAAACAGAUAUUUUUAAUUAUAUAAAUAUAUUGUUAUUUCUUAUUCUAUGAUACAAAGUACAUACGAAUAAUGUUUGGGUGGGUAUUUAAAAUUGAGUGUUUGAUGUUAAAUAUGUUUGGUUUACUAAAAAUCAGUAUUUUUUAUUUCGUUUUGGGUGAAUUUAACAUUUUAUUACCGUUAUUAUUAUGUACAUAUCACGUUGUGAACGCUAAAAACUGGUCGACUUUUUUUUUUAAUUUUAAAAUGUCUUUUCUAACAAUGUGUAGAGCACAAGUUAUGUUUCUUUUUUUUUUUGAUUAUAGAAACAUUUAUUUUUUUAUAAAUGGAAUUAUUUUCGAAUUUAUUCAAUUAUUUUUUAAGUUACUAUAUUUUCUUAAGAAUCCUUUGUCAAGAGUAUUAUUUUCAUGUAAGACUUGGUUGUCAUUAUAUUGUGCCACCAGGAUUAUUUUAUCAAAUGUAUUCCCAGUUUAGUUUAAAAAUUAAUAUAUUUGUCUCAUAAUAUGUU